CCGUGCUCGCCAGAUCACCCUGGAUGUGCAACGAUUACAGAUAUCCUACAACAAUUACAUCUACAAACGUGACCAAGAAUCGCAUGAGCGGAGGCAAAGGGAAGCUCUACUGAUGAACACUGACUUUACACCGAACACAGACACGAGCAUUUUAAUGGAGGAGGCCAUGGCACGAGAGAACGGGGGUCUUCAAGAGGCCAACAGGGGCAUGGAUGAACUCCUGGGCGCGGGCAGUAAUGUUAUGGCCGACUUGCUGCUACAGAAGAAAACCUUGAAAGGCGCACAGAGACGUAUUCUGGAUAUAGCGAGUACGCUAGGAUUGUCACAGUCGGUUCUCAAACUAAUCGAUCGGAGGAAAGACUCGGACAAGAUAAUAUUGAUAGCAGGUAUAAUCAUCACAUUGACUGUGAUGUACUUAUGUAUAAGAUACCUAAUAUAAGGACUAAGACCCAAGUUUCUCCGACCAGUACUGACCUAUUUCAUUAGGUGUAUUACAAUAACUUCGGCGACUGAAUAUUCCACCUUUUAGUUGUUAGUUAAGCUUCUGAACGACAUUGUCUGUAGUCGACGGCGACUAUUUGGUCCCGGAGUCAUAUUGAUCUUAUAAGCCUAGCACUAUAAUCAAGUAUCGGUAAGCAAUCAAACAUGCGCGAAUCUAUGUACAAACCUAUGAGCUCGCCUGUGAAGGCCCCGGCGCUACCGAGAUGAUAUCUCAGCGCACAGUACUGGGUCGUUCUGAAGCACAUGUCGGGUUCAAUUUGCACCGAAUUUCCAACGCAGUCAUCAUCGUUGCAGCCCGCCUACGUUUAAGGCUGGUCUGGUACAGUGGGGAGAUAUAUAUCAUUACAUGGGUGGGUUUAAUCAAUACCCAUUCAAAGUUUAUGGUUUGUUAGAAGUCUCUCCCCGCUUGUAAAUCCCGUUGCUAAGUAACCCGCUUGACAAUGGUGGAACAGAGUAAUUUUUGUCUUCUGGGACGGAUCACGAGCCAAAACAAGCGAAAUAAAAAAAAGGCAGCCCUUCAAUUUAUUACAAUCGA